GGUGCACUUUGGACGAUCCAUGGAGGCGGCCUACCAUGGUGGAGGUGGUGAAGCUGUUAAUGGAGAUUAAUCCCGCGACUAACUGAAACUGCUAGGGAUAUGAGGGAUCGUAUGGAGAGACUAGUGGUUCUUCCUUUCACCAUGGGCUGUGUGUCUGAGUCAAGUGUCUCUGUGGGUGGUGCACUCCAGUUGAAGAAACCAAAAUCUGAGCCAAACCCACCUGUAACAAGAAGAAAAGAGGGAGAAGAAAGACCAUCUGGGUUGAGAUUGAAGGCCUCUUUUAGGUUCUCCAGUAGGCUACAGAAAUUGAUCAGAACUACUCUCAAAAGUUUCUCUCACUUGUUUGUUUACAAAGAAGUGAUGGAGAUGGAGAUGGAGAUAGGGUUUCCAACAGAUGUGAAGCAUGUGACACACAUAGGAUGGGAUGGGUCUUCUACCAACCCCAUUAAAGGGUGGGAAAACCUCAGAACUCCUGAGUUGCUUGCUAAUUUUCCUACCAUUUCUCUAAGGCAAUUUGAGCUUGCCAUGGCUGCCCAAGCUCAUGACCCUCUUCUUGUCACCUCCUCCAAGCUUAUUUAAUUUAAACAAUGGCCACCAUGAUGAUGAUGAUGAUGAUGGAUAUUAUAUGUUGAAAUGAUGGUUUGAUAAUGAGAGUGAUGAUCAUAUGAUAAUGGGUGUUAUUCU